AAGAUAAACUUCAUUUCUAGUUAUUCCUUCCAGUUUGUUUAUAUAAAGAGAAACUCUCGUGCUUGAAGCCUGCAGUUCUAUUACUUGCCUCCGAUCAAUCAGAAAAUUCCAAUUUGUUUUUCUUUUUCUUUCUUUCUAACCAAACAACCUCCCUGGGUUACUUCCGUGUCAGAUUCAGACAAAGCCGAAAGACCCAACCAAUCGCAGGCCCAUACCCUUUUCUACAGCAUCCUUCUGUGGGCAUAUGUGGGGCCCGUCAUCUUGCUGUUUCCCUAUUGGCGAUUUCAUCUCUGCAACUGCAACCCUGUGAGAGAGAGGAGGGUUCACUUGUUGUGGGGGACUUGGGGUACGGAAGAGAUCAUGUAUUGGAUUUAAUAGGUUUGAUUUUGAGACUGCAUUAGGUUUUAAUCAAUCGAUCGAUCAAUAAAUCAAGAGUUAAAGGCCCAUAUUUAAGUGAAGAUGAUGAACAGGAUGAUGCUGACAGCGGACGGCAGCUCAUCGGAAGGGAGUGAAAUGGCGUCGCUGGCGGCGUCGCCUCCAUCGAAUCUGCUGCCGAGCAACCUCCCUCUCCUCUCCGCUUUCCUCGCCUUCGCUCUAGCUCAAUUCCUCAAGGUCUUCACCACCUGAUGCUCAGGUUUAAAGAAAAGAGAUGGGAUUCUAAAAGGAUGAUUGAUUCUGGUGGAAUGCCCUCAUCACACUCUGCAACUGUGACAGCUUUAGCAGUGGCUAUAGGUCUACAAGAAGGGACGGGAGGAUCAGCUUUUGCUAUUGCAGUGGUCUUGGCUUGUGUUGUGAUGUAUGAUGCUUCUGGUGUCAGACUGCAUGCUGGUCGUCAAGCUGAAUUGCUGAACCAAAUUGUGUGCGAGUUUCCUCCAGAACAUCCUUUAUCCAGUGUUAGACCUCUGCGUGAAUUACUUGGGCAUACUCCCCUCCAGGUUGUUGCUGGUGCUUUAUUGGGACUCGUUGUGGCUUAUCUUAUGGGAAAUACUAGUUAAGAUUCUAUAUUAACCGCAUAGAUUUGUCAAAAUGGUCAACAAUGAUGCAUCACACACAUGCAUAGGGUUCAGCAAGGAAGGGUGAGCGCGGAGGCGUUGUGAAAUGAAUUCCAAGGAAUGGCCUGCAAAAAACAGUUGAUGGAUGCUGGAAGUCUUUGCUUCUUUGUUACUUCGUUGUGUAUACUUGGACAUUCAUUCCCUCAAAUAAGUGUCUUCUCCCAUUCCAAAUAUUAUGUCAUUCUUAUGAACUUAAAACUGUUAUGAUUAACUGUGAAUUACAAAGUAAAGAUUUGUGAAUUAGCCAGGUAUGAACCCCUCGUUGCCCCU